AUUUAAUUUAGAGGAUGGCUUAAUAGAAUUCAGACCAUUUAUAUUUAGUGAACUCAGUUAUUUCAGCUCCCACUAAGGAAUAUUAAAGGAGGGAAUUUACAAUGUCCAAACUUCUGGGAUAAGGAGGUGAAGGAGCUGUUUACGCAGCAAAACCAAGGAAUUGUUAAUAUACUACAGACAUUGCCCUCAAACUUUAGUUGAACAUGAAAGAUUCAGAAAAUUCUUUUAUUGAGACAGUGAUAGAUUAUUAAAAAAAAUUUGAUAAUGAUCCAAAUAAGACCUCAGGGAUAAUAGCUAUUUACGAAAAAUUUAAGUAUCAAAAUUAUUAUGCGUUGAUUAUGGAGCUUGGAGGAUAAAACCUAUUUGAUUAUAUAACUACCAAGAAGAAUUUGCCAAUCAAUGAGAGAUUUAAAAUUUGCCUUGAUGUAAAUAUAAUCCAUUUUUGUAGCUUUUCAGGCCGAUAUAUUUUCUUCACUCAUAAAAUUUAUUUCAUAGAGAUAUCAAACCAGAGAACUUCAUAAAGGUUAGAGAUCAAUUUAAAUUAAUUGAUUUUGGGCUAACAAAAGGUCUUGCUUAAGAUUUGAAUCGAACUACGGGCAUUGGAACUCUCUUUUACUCAGCUCCAGAACUUAUUGAACAAAGGAACGAUUACAAUGAGAAAGUAGAUAUUUGGGCCUUGGGCUGUGUGUUUUAUGAGAUACUAACUGGUGGAACAUAUAUUUAAUGUAUCAAUCUUUUAUUAGAUGUUAGCUCAAUCUGAAAAUGGGAUAAGACAGGAAAUCUUGCAAUAUAGAAAUAAAAAAGACACAUACUUUUAAAGAAUUGAUUAAAUUAAUAUCCCUCAAGAAUGUUAAACAGCUUUAAAGAAGAUGUUGGAAACAUACCCCAAUCAGCGUUUAACUGUCCUAGAAGCCUUUGAAAUUUUUUAUAAAUACAAAGAUUAUUCUCCACCUACUUAACAACAACAAAUCCAAAAAACCCAUGCUCUAUAAUCAAAUUUCUAACCCCAAUAAAAACUUCCGGGACCAACCUAGUUUUAAGGACAGAAAUAAUUGCCAUAAUCUCAACAAGGGACUAUUGAAUAAUAUUCUAAAUAAAUCAUAAAAGUGAUUGGUGAAACCAUAACGCCUGCUUAAAAUUAAUAGUAGACGACUCCAGCAUCAGAAUAACCAACCAAAUCUUAAAAUAAUAGAAUUGAUGUGGAAUUUAAAAAUGCUGCGUAAGAGAUAUGCAAAGUUGUAGAAACAUUAAUGAAGCAAUUAUAGACAGGGGAAAACAAAAAUAAAGGAAAGGAAGACUUACAAAAAAAGUAGGACCAAAAAUCAGAGGAAAAAGAAGCUGAAAAUCAAAAUAUCUCCUAUACAACAUUACUGGAAGAGAACUAGAGAUAUUAAUAGAGAAUAUAAGAGUUGGAGCGAUAAUUGAAUUAGCAAGAAAUAUAAUAACAGAAGUUUUAAGAGAUAUAGAAUUUGAGUUGUUAAGAAAUAGAAUUACAACGACAAUGUAGUAACCAAUCAGAUGUUGAAAGAAAUUACAGCCAACAGAACUUAUAAGAAUUUGGAAUAUAAUAGACAGAUCAACAGUGAUCGGUCC